AUCAGUCGGAGCGCUCAGUUGUUGCUGUUAUCUAUGACAGUACUUUAAAUGAUGGCAAAACAGGCUGACUUAAGAAGUUUUUGGGUGGGGGUGGUCCGAAACAAAAAUGAGAUGACAAUGAGCCUGUCUCGUCGCCUGUAACUGAACGAGUACAUCAUCUUAACAAUCCACAAAACAGAAAUGUGACACAACAUUCCGGUCUGUCUGGUUUUUUUUAAUAUUUGAUUAAAAUAUUAAAUUGAGCAAAGAGGAAAUGGCUCACUACAAAGGAGCUGCGUCUGAGGGUGGUCGUGCUCAGAUAUUGAUAAAGAAACGACAGAAAGAACAAGAAGAGAUGGAAAUGAAGAGAAAGAAGAUAGAGGAAGAUCUUAGUGUGGGCAGUAUUCAAAACAAAUUUGCCAGUCAUUAUGAUGCAGUUGAACAGCAAUUAAAAUCAAACACAAUUGGUUUGGUUACACUGGAUGAAAUGAAAGCCAAACAAGAAACAUUGAUAAAACAGCGAGAGAAACAACUAGCAAAGAAAAAUGCAGAAGCACGUUUGAUUGAGAAGGAGAAAGAAGAUAAAAAACGUAAAGAGAAAAUGAAGAUAGCUGCAUUAUCAUUUGACCCUGAUGAAGACGAGGAGGAAGAUGAAGAGGAAGAAGAAGGAGAAGAAGAAGAGGAAAAAGAACCAGUUGAUAUAUUAAAUAAAAAGAAACGUCUUGGUAUGAAUCCUGAUGUAGACACCAGUUUCCUACCAGAUAGGGACAGGGAGGAGGCAGAAAACAAACUCAGAGAACAGAUAGCACAGGAAUGGAUGCAGAAACAAGAGCACGUAAAAAAUGAGGAAAUAGACAUUACAUAUAGUUACUGGGAUGGCUCUGGCCAUCGUAGACAAGUACGUAUGAAAAAAGGGAACAGUAUUCAGCAGUUCCUACAGAAAUGUUUGGAAACUCUUCGUCGGGAGUUUAAUGAUUUAAAAGCAGUGACAGUUGAUCAGCUAAUGUACGUAAAAGAAGACUUGAUCAUUCCUCAUCAUUACACAUUUUAUGAUUUCAUUGUAACAAAGGCACGUGGUAAAAGUGGACCUCUUUUUAAUUUUAACGUGAAGGAUGAUAUUCGGAUAAUUAAUGAUGCUUCUGUAGAGAAGGAAGAGUCUCAUGCUGGAAAAGUUUGUAUAAGAAGUUGGUACGAGAGAAGUAAACACAUUUUUCCUGCUAGUCGAUGGGAGCCAUACGAUCCUGAGAAGAAAUGGGACUCGUAUUCUGUGUCAGAUAAAAAUGCUGCAAAAAUCACUGUAAAAUAAGUGUUGAUGAUCUUAUACAUUUAAAAUACUGUAAAACAUUAUUAUUAGUUUAAAAAGACUCGGUAAUUUUCAUUGAAACUAAAUUUGAUGCACAGAUUCUGAAGAGAAGCAUUUUCUGUCUGUAUGUAUGUAGAAACAGUCACUUGGGUUGCCACAGUGGAUAACAAUAGGCAACAGUUACUUUUUUCAAUGCUAUUUUUUCAUAAGGUGUUUUGUGGUUUAAAGUGUAUGAUGAGAGUAAUAAAACAAAAGUGUAAUAGCGUAA